UUUGCAGCAAUUGGACAUAGGUCGCAGUGACGACGUCGUAUGGCUUUUGCAUAAAGACGAAGGAGAUUGCGUGAAAAUAUUAUCGAACAUGGGGCACGGAGGCUACGGCAAGCGCAGAGCCGCCGCCGCCGAGCGGAAGAAACCCGCGGGCCAGCGGCGGCCCAAAGCCCUAACCAUCGACAAGAAAUCGAAGGCCAACAAACCGAAAUCCGUCUCUCUCAAGAACCAAAUUCGAUCCAUUGAACGAAUGCUCCGCAAAGAACUUCCACAUGAAGUGAAGGAGGCUCAAGAGAAGAAGUUGGACGAACUCAAGAAACAACAAGAGAUUCACAAUCGUCUUGCUUUGGAGCGUAAAAUAUUUUUGAGGAACAGAAAGAUCAAAUUUUUUGAGAGAAGAAAGAUUGAGCGAAGGAUAAGACGCUUGGAGAAGCAGCAGCGUGCUUCAACUGGUCAGGCCCAGGAGGCAGAGAUUGCUGAGCAACUCACUAAAUUGAAAGAAGAUCUUGAAUAUGUCAGGUUCUUCCCCAAAACUGAGAAAUAUGUCUCAUUAUUUAUGGGAGGUGAUGAGGCAGAAAUUGUAGAAAAAAGAAAUAAUUUGCGUAAGCAAAUUAAGGCUAAUCUGAUCGCUGCUGCAGCAAGUGGAAAGGAUCUGGAAGAAACAGGGAGUGAAGAUGAUGGUCUCUUGGAUCCCAGUGAGGAUGAUUUCUUUUUAAAUGGGAGCUCUAGUGAUGAUGCUGAUGCAGAUGACGAGUGGAGUGCAAGGUACCUCUCCCAAUUGCCAGUGAAGGAUCAAGCUUCUAGCGCCUCAGGUAAAGCAGCAUCUGGGAUGUCCAGCGACGAAAGAAAUCAGAGGCAGAUUUCUGCUCGUGCUCUAAUGCCACCUCCGGGUCCAUCUGGGAAGCCAUUUUCAAGUUCAGCAAAGAAUAAAUCAAGAUUUGCAGGAUCCUCAAGCAAGAAAUCGUAUAACAGAGCCGAAAUAUCCACGUCCAGCAACACAUCCAGUAGCAUCGGUAGAUCUUCCUUCCGAAAGAGAGGCCCCAUGGACUCGACCACUGGAAACAGUGGCAACUUAAGCUCCAACUCAGAUGCUAGAAAACCUCGACGAAAAAGGAGACCUAAGAAGAAAAAGCAACAGACAUCGUAAUACUACUCGCCAUUUUCUCUAUCGGCAUUGUCACAAUUCUUACUGUACUAUCAACUUUACCUCAAAAAGUUUCUGACUACUGGUUCCUUGCUCAUUAGCUGAACAAUGUGAUCGAUCAUGCGAUCUUCGUUGCGUUUGUUCUGCUAUCCAAUAGUCGGAACGUGCAGAGCUGUAGAAUAUUUCAUUUUGUGCAAGCAUUUUCAAAUUCUCCAUCC